GAGGGGGUAUUCGGGUGUAAUUGGGGAUAACCCUGCAAUAAACCAAAGCAAUCAAUAACCCAUACAACCAURAUAUAAAAACCAGGGAAGUUGAAUAGCUUCAAGAAUCAAAUCAAAGGUGUGUACAAGCMGAAAAUUGAAAAUACCGUAAACGGCCGCCAUAGGAGCAGGGUUGGAGCUCAACUUCUUCGUUUCUGGUAGCAUCAUACCUGGAAUACUAAAAAGUAMAUUGGCAGAAAAAGAAUCAUGUUACAGAGCAAGUCAUUCGUCCGGAAAACGAAACAAGGCAAAGUUGUUAAGGUGGUUAGAGAACAUUAUCUUAGAGAUGAUAUAUACUGCGGAGCCUCUUUUUGCCAAGUUUGUGAUACRAAAGGUGCUCGUUUCAGUUCCCCUGGCUCCGCAAUCCUUGUUGUUGAUACUAAUGUCGUUCUGAAUCWGAUCGAUUUGCUUGAGAAUCCAGCAAUUGAYGAUGUCGUGGUGCUCUCUGUGGUGUUGGAAGAGGUCAAGAACAAGAAUCUUGCAGUUUACAACAGACUGAGGGCCUUAUGUAGCAACUCCUUAAGAAGAUUCUUUGUAUUUUCUAACGAACACCAUAAGGACACAUAUAUAAAGGCUAUGGCAGGCGAGAGUCCAAAUGAUCGCAAUGAUAGAGCUAUUAGGGUUGCAGCGCAGUGGUACCAGAACCAUCUUGGUGGUGCCACUAGAAUCUUAAUGAUCACAAAUGACAGGGAAAAUAAGAGAAAGGCCAUUGACGAGGGAAUUUCUGCAGAUACAGUGGAGUCAUAUGUGAAAUCACUUGGUCAGCCAGCACUCCUUGAUCUUCUUGUUCAACCUCACUCCUCUGAGGAUAUGGACAUUGAAGAUUUGAGGYCUUCAAAGAAGAAAGUUAUAUAUAAUGAGCAUAAGCCCAUGUCAGAGAUUACKUCUGGGAUACGCUGUGGAAUAUACCAUCAAGGAAAGCUUCGUGUUAACCGUUAUAAUCCAUUUGAAGCAUAUGUUGGAAGUGAGAGUAUUGGUGAUGAAAUAAUAAUUUUUGGGCGCGGAAACAUGAAUAGAGCUUUUGAUGGAGAUAUAGUGGCUGUUGAACUUUUGCCUCAAGAUCAAUGGCAUAACGAAAAGUCUCUUUCUAUAGCUGAGGAAGAUGAUGAAGAAGAUGAAGGUGUUCACCUAGCACCAAGCAGUGCUGAUGAUGCUCCCAGAAUUGCAAAUUCAGCACAAGGAUCUGUUGAAAAUGCGCAUAUUGCUAAUUCUCGUCCUUCUGGGCGUGUUGUUGGCAUUAUAAAACGGAACUGGCAUGCGURUUGUGGAUCUCUGGAGCCAAUGCCUAUGCCUGCAGGUAAUGCUGGUAUAGCCCAUGCUCUAUUUGUCUCCAAGGAUCGCCGAUUUCCUAAGAUACGAAUACAAACUCGGCAACUUGGGAAUCUUCUUGACAAAAGAAUUAUUGUUGCUGUUGAUACUUGGGAUUGCCAAUCCAGAUACCCUUCUGGGCAUUAUGUUCGUACAAUAGGAGAUAUUGGAGACCGGGAAACUGAAACAGAGGUUGUGUUAAUAGAGAAUGAUAUAGAWGCAAGACCAUUCUCCUCUCAAGUCUUGGCAUGCCUGCCACCAUUACCUUGGUCAGUGUCUGCAGAGGAUCUGUCAAAUCCCAUCAGACAGGACCUGCGUCAUUUACGCAUAUUUAGUGUGGACCCUCCAGGAUGCAAGGACAUUGAUGAUGCAUUAAAUUGUACUUCACUUCCAAAUGGGAACUUUGAAGUUGGAGUUCAUAUUGCUGAUGUCACAAAUUUUGUUCACCCUGGAACACCCCUUGAUAGUGAAGCUACACAAAGAGGAACUUCUACCUAUCUUGUUGAACGCCGCAUUGACAUGCUUCCCAAACCUCUYACGGAAGAUAUAUGUUCUCUUCGGGCUGAUGUUGAGAGGCUUGCCUUUUCUGUUAUUUGGGAAAUGACUCCUGAUGCACAUGUUAUUUCUACUAGAUUCACAAAGAGUGUUAUCAAGUCAUGUGCUGCUUUGUCUUAUGUUGAAGCUCAAGCUAGGAUGGAUGACAGGUGCGUGAAAACACAAUUCUGUGAACUUAGAUACAUCAUAAAGCCAAUUAAAAGAGAGUAUUUUUCUAUGGUAUACAUUCACCAUAUACCCCAGACCCUACCUCUGUGGUUUGGCUUAUGUUACAUAUGGUAUUAUGUAUCCAUUUACAAUAAUAAAUCACUGUCUUUUAAUUCUAAAGAAACUCUCUGCAGGCGCCAUCCUAGUCCAACAAAAGAGAUGCUUGAACCUUUGUUACGUACGGCUGCUUCUGUUGGCCUCGAUUUGGAUGUAUCAUCAUCUAAAGCAUUUGCUGAUUCACUUGAUCGUGCUGUGGGUGAGGAUCCAUACUUCAAUAAGUUGAUCCGUAUUCUGGCAACAAGAUGUAUGKCACAGGCCGUUUACUUCUGUAGUGGGGAUCUUAGUCCUCCAGAGUUUCACCAUUAUGGGCUUGCUGCACCUCUAUAUACACAUUUCACGUCGCCAAUUAGAAGAUACGCUGGUAACUGAAAAUUUCAAACCAUCUGUUUUCACAUCGAACA